UUGUGGAGAAGAGGAGGAGGGCUUCUCACCAACGUUCAGCCUCCUGGGGAAGCAAUGACCAACUUAAAGAGAUCGCCAAACUGAGGCAGCAGCUCCAGCGCAGUAAGCACAGCAGCCGUCACCACAGGGACAAGGAACGCAAAGCACCAUUCAGUGGGAACCAUGCUGCUCUCCACCAGGCCCCAAUCCCAAAGACUGUCCUGAUUCCCAUCAAGUCCUCUGUGUCUCGGAUGCGGAACAGUGUGGAAGGGCUGAACCAAGAAAUAGAGAGGAUUAUAAUCUGCGACGCAGGAGAGAGGGACGAGCUACACCCCCACCGUGUCCCCGAUGGACGCCGUGCCCCCCCACCGUUGUCCCAACGCUCCUCCUCCCCUUCAAUCGCAUCACGGUCCUACAGCAGCUCCUACAGCAGCUCUGUUUUCCGCAGCAUCAACACCCAGACACCCCAGGGUGGGAGAGGGGCCAGUGGAGGUGGCGUGGUCAGCAGCCGCUCCGAGUCCGUCUCCCCUUCCUUCCUGACUGUCCCCACUGACACGGAGACGGCGGGGGAGAGAGGGGGAGACGGAGUGGGAGAGGGAGAGAGCCCCUUGCCUAAUGGUGAUGAGCUGCUAACGGACUGCGGAGAAAAAGACCUCGGGCACAGCUCUCCGCUCCCUAAAUACGCCUCCUCUCCUAGACCAAACAACAGCUACAUGUUCAAACGAGAGCCUCCUGAGGGCUGCGAGAGAGUCAAGGUCUUCACUGAGGAAACACAGUCCAAGCCUCCCCAGCAGGUCCCUUGUCCUCUCCUGAGGUCCAAGAUUGCCCAGCAGGUCCCUCAGUUCCUCACAGGUCCAGACAAGAACAAGGUCAACUUUAUCCCCAACAGUGGCUCGGCCUUCUGCCUCGUCAGCAUCCUCAAGCCCCUCCUCCCCACGACCACGCAGGAACUAAACCUCAAGCCCCUCCUCCCCGCGACCACCCAAGAGCUCAGCCUGAAGAGCUCCGGGACCGGGGCCAACGUUACCUUAUCCCACCUCAGCACACCUCUUACUGGGGCUUCCCUCAGCCUUUCUCCCCUGACUCUGGAGCAGCAGGAGCAGUCCCCUACCAACAGACCAGCUAGAGUCCCCUACCAACAGACCAGCUAGAGUCCCCUACCAACAGACCGGCUAGAGUCCCCUACCAACAGACCGGCUAGAGU